CAGUGCACACGCACGCGAGUGCGUCUCGCAGCAGCCAACAGCCAACAACAGCCAGCAGCCAGGAACCGCGCGCGGUGUCCGCCGAACCAACUCGGUCUACGCUUCUUCGGGCCGCGCGCAAUUUGCUCGCGCAUUUGCUCGCGCACGCGACCGCGACCGCGACCGCGAGCCGCCGGUGUCCUCCGGCACGUGUGAAUCCGAUCGACGUUCCCGCGUAACAAGUGUCCAUCGCCGUGUCACGCGCGUCCACGUUCGGGCCGAACAUCGGCCGACGAUCUCUCGACGCGAUGACGUCCCGCCCCGACGGAUCCGUCGCGUUCGCGUUGCCGACCCGGUGCGUCCACUGAGCCGCGAAUAAAAACAGUUCGCGGCGUCUCGCGUUCUUCUCGCGCGAACGGUUCACGAGUGCCCGCGAUCGCCGAGUUUGCCAAGAAAAUGUGGCGAGUGGUGGUCGCGCGGUCCGACGAGAACAGCACCCUGCUGUCCUCGGAGAUCGCCUCGGGCCCCGUGGGCGCCGGCCACGUACCCAGCCUGCCGGGGCCGCCCUCCGGCCACCACUGGGGCUACCCGCCGCCGCCGCAUCCCUCUUAUCAGCCGCAGCAUCCCGACAUGCGGCACCAUCACGACAUGAGGCCGCCGCCCCACGAGCUUCGCCAUACCGCCGGCCCGGACCCGAGGGCCCAGGAGAUCAGGCACGACUCGCUGAGGCCCGACCUCAGGCCCGAUCUCAGGCACCCGGACCUCAGGCACCCGGACAUGCAGAGGCACCAGGAGCUGCACAGAGCCGAGAUGCAGAGGCACCAGGACAUCAGGCAUCAGGAGAUGACGGCCAUGAGGCAGGACAUCGCUGCCGAGAUGAGGCCCGGGCACGAGUUCGAUCUCAAGAUCGACGUAGCGGACAUCAGGAACCAAGAGCAGCCUGGUCAACAACAGCAGCAGCAACAGCAGCAGCAGCAACAACAACAGCAACAACAACAGUCGUCGCAGCAGAGCCAAGCGCAUCAGCAGAGGAACCUGAAGAGGGCCAUGAGCGACUCCGACUGCGACGACGUCUUCUCGGAAGAGAGCGGCAAAGAACCUUGCAACUCGCCCGGAGGCGACUCCUGUCAGCACGCGUCGCGUAAGCGCAGGAGAGGGAUGAUCGAGAAGAAGCGUCGCGACAGGAUAAACGCGUCCCUCGGCGAGCUGCGGAGAUUGGUACCCGCAGCGGCGAGGGAUCCGCACAGCGGCAAAUUGGAAAAGGCGGAAAUCCUGCAGCUGACCGUCGAGCAUCUGCGGACGCUCCGGAACAAAGGACCGGAGGGCUACGACAGUACAAAGCUGGCGAUGGACUACCACGCGGUGGGCUGGGGCGAGUGCGCCGCGGAAGUGGGCCGCUACCUCGUCACCAUGGAGGGCCUGGACGAGAGGGACCCCCUGAGAUUGCGACUGCUCUCCCACCUGCAGAGCUUCCACCGCGAGCACGCACCGGGCCCCGGCCCCGGCCCAGGUGGCCACGGACCCGUCCCCUCCGCCGUGCCCCCGCCAACGUCGCUGACGUCGACGUCUUCGACGAGCAGCUACGAGCCGGCGAGCACCGUCUCCGGGAUGCCGACCGGCACCGGGACCAUGCCGCCCCUUCUAGGCGGCGGCGCCCUCGGAUGGAGCCAGUAUCCAGGCCAGUACCCUCAGCAGCAGCACGGCAAGCCCUACAGACCCUGGGGAGCGGAGCUAGCAUAUUGAGGCCUGGCCUCUCGGAUCGACCCUUCGCGGACGUACCUGGACGAAAGCGGAGACCCUUCGAGUACUAUGACGCCGCGGUAGCGACCGCGAGCUGGCCUCAUCGAUUGCAAUGCAAAUCUUUUCAGUCUCUCGGUGUUCGCAAAGGGCUGAUCCGAAGCCGGAUCGAAAGCUGGAUCCGUGGCACGAUCCACCGAAAUACGCACCGAAGUGUUUUCUCUAUGUGUGAUACGAUCGAUAGUCAUGCGAGUACCUAAUAGCGGAAUAUUAGCGCGAUAUUAUUUAUUCUAUAUUACCUUGGCUCGCGAGGUCUGCCGAAUGGCGAGCGCGGUCCUGUACAGUGUACAUAAAAGUAUACAUAUUUUUCUUGUAAAUAAGAGAACGAUCUCGUUCGUUCAACUAGGAGGAGAUCGGCGCACCCGGAACGUUUAAAACAGAGUCGGGCGAGAAGCGUUUGUCCGAAUGGAAAUCUCGAGCGAAACGAUUAAAAGGCGAGCGAAGAUUUUCGUCGUUGUUCGGGAUAAAUAAUUUAACC